GCUGCAGAAAGCAUACCCGCUCUAAGUUUGCCUGCUAAUUGCUCACUUUCCCUCUUUUGUCUGAGGAUGUCCUCCAAAGCGAAAGAGCGCAAGGCUGCUCCAGUGUCCCACAAAGUCAUUGAGAAAAGACGCAGAGAUCGGAUCAAUCGCUGUCUGAACGAACUUGGCAAAACCAUUCCAAUGGCGCUAGCGAAGCAGGGCACGGGCAAACUGGAAAAGGCCGAGAUUCUGGAGAUGACUGUUCAGUAUUUAAGGGCCCUGCACUCAGCUGACUUCGCCAGAGGGAGGGAGAAAGGCGAGUUAUUAACAGAGUUCGCGAAUUAUUUCCACGCUGGCUAUCACGAGUGUAUGAAGAAUCUCGUUCACUAUUUAACGACGGUGGAGCGCUUGGAGACCAAAGACACCACAUACGCCCGAAUCCUUGCCUUCCUACAGUCCAAGGCUCGCCAAUGCGCCGACCCCAUCUUCGGGCCCGUCUCCACUCAUGAGCCAGAAUACUCCUACCAGUUCCACCCCAUCUCAGAGUUUACUAACUCGCGUUUAAACGAAUCGUUAUUGCAACAGGGGGCCGGGGUGGCAAGAACACAGCCAUUGCACUGGCACAGCUCGGCACGGAGUCCCGGGCUCCCGUUUAUCCCGAGCUCGCGGGCGGUGCCCAUUGCAAACGCAACAGGGCAGCAACACAACUUCCUGCACUCUGUGCAAAGCCUUGAUCGCCAUUACAUUAACUUGAUAGGACAUUCUCACACCAAUACUUUCAGCUUGCACAACUCCCAGCACACAAACUUAUAAAGGACUUUGGGAAGGCGCUGCGGAUCUCUGUAAAGCUGUAAAUCUCAGUUAGAACCCGUUAGAGCUAUUCCGUGGCAACCACGGAGCAAUAAGCAGCUGGGGCUAGCCCUUUAACUUCAGGGAUUGGUUCUGUCGACUUGUGACACGCCAUUGAAGUCAACUGGGUUUUAUGUGGGGUUUUGACAGCUACGCUGUCUCCAAUUUCUAGUCAUGUAACAAUCCUAUAUCCAUUCAGAAUAUACUGUAUAU